AUGUCAUACAAAUCAGCGCGGACGAGUUUGACUCAUAACUCAACUUUACGCUUUUUCAAUGCCCUCCGAGCUAAUACGAAGCCAAUCUUGACUUUCAUGGGUCUUCCCUCUUUUCGAACUGCGCAAGUGGUCGCUCAAACCGGCGUCGAUGGCAUUAUCAUCGAUUGUGAACAUGGAAAUAUCAGCGACGAUUCCAUGCACAGUGCAACUGCUGCUAUAGCGGCUUUGGGAGUGUCGCCGCUUGUUAGGCUUAGAAUGACCCAUUCGGACUUAGUGAAAAGAGCGUUAGACGCAGGUGCACACGGUAUUGUUGUACCCCAGAUAAAUGGUGCGGAAGAAGCAAGGGCAGUGGUUUCUUAUUCGAAGUUCCCGCCGCAGGGACUUCGGGGACAAGGUUCAGCGUUCCCGGCCAUCACUCAUGGCAUUGAUCUUCCAACAUACCUGAAAACCGCGAACGAAACACUCAUCACCUGUUUGCAAAUUGAAUCAAAGGCGGGAGUUGAGGAUAUUGACGCUAUCUGCGCGGUGCCCGGUGUCGAUAUGGUUUUCAUUGGACCGAAUGAUCUCGCACUGUCAAUUCUUGGCUAUGUGCCUGCAAGGGGCGAUGAGCCUGAAUUUAUUAAGGCCAUCGAAAAUAUCGUGGCAGCUGCGAGAAAGCAUGGUAAAUGGGUCGGCCGGUUAUCGAACGAUGGAGCUUCAAGCAAGGAACAUCUGAAGGUUUUUGAUACUGUGGCGAUGAGUUAUGAUAUUAGAGCAAUUCAGAGCUGGUAUAGAACUGAGCUAGAAGUUGCACGCUCGUGA